CUGAUGCACACGUCACGCAUUUCUGCACUCAUCUGAUCUUAAUAUAGAUUUAUCAUGUCGAUAUUUCUGAUAGAUCCAGUAAUUGCAACAACAACAGUACGAGAUUUAAGCAAAUAAAAUGUUUUUCACUGAACGCUUCAGCCGCACCGUGAGAUAUUCCGUACAUAACGGAACAUAUCGACACGUGUAUGUAGAUUACAAUAUAUAUCCAAUGAAAAAAGACAUCGCGAGUGUUUUCGGAGCUCGGCUGAUUGGGUCUGAUCUGGUCUGAUCUGAUGAUGUUCAGGUCUGGAAGCUGAUCGCAGAGAACUCGAUGUGGAUGCGGAAGUGCUGUGUCCGGCUGCGGCCAAAAUAACAAACAAACAAACAAAAUCAAGCCUGGAACAUGCUGGAAGGAGAAGGUGAAAAUGGGAUUUUAUACAUCUGAUGAUGUCCACUGAUCGUUCACUGAUCAUCCACUGUCAGGACAUGUGUAAGAACAGAACUGCGUCUCUGCCACUGUGACCUUUGACCCUUCAAUCCCUCAUACACAGUGCCCCCUCAGAAGCUGAGCAGCACCCCGGCUGUUAUAAGUUGUCUGUAACAGUCGUACCGUGAACGCCAUGUCAUCAACCUGCCAGUCACGCUCAGCCCCGCCCCCUGGACUGAGUGACAUCACAGGGACAGGCAAGGAGGACGGUUCUCUCCGUUCUUCGGAGCGCCAUGCCCACCUGCUGCUGGCUCAGAUGAAUAAGAUGCGUGUGCAGUCGGAGCUGUGUGACGUGCGUCUGCUGGUAGGCGGACGGGUGUUUCAGGUCCACCGGUUGGUCCUGGCGGCCAGCGGGCCGUAUUUCUCCGCCCUCUUUAACUCGGCCAUGAGCGAGGCACGUGAGGAGGAAGUGCACAUCGCCGGGGUUGAGGCAGACGUGUUUGAGUCUCUGCUGGAGUUCAUAUACACAGGCUGUGUGGAGGUGACGGUGGAGAACGUUCAGGAUCUCAUGAUGGCGGCCGACAUGCUGCAGCUCGGCGAGCUCGUGCUCAUCUGUGGAGAGUUCCUGAGGAGCCACGUGGAGCCGAGUAACUGUGUAGGAAUUUAUCAGUUCCUGGAACAGAUCAGCUACAGCGAGCUCCUGGAGUUCACGCAGAACUACAUCCACGCCCACUUCCUACAGGUGCGUGAGGAGGAGCUUAGACCCCUGACUGUGCCUUUAACGCCCAUGUGUCAGGUGCGUGAGGAGGAGGAGUUCUCCAGCCUGUCGAAGGAUCAGUUGGCGUGUUUCCUGCGCAGUGAGGAGUUGAGGAUCGAGGACGAGUAUCAGGUGUUCACGGCGGCCAUGAGCUGGCUUCUGCACGACGUCACACACAGAAAGAAACACGUGGUGGAGGUUCUGGAGCCGAUCCGCUUCCCCCUGCUGUCACCGCAGAGACUCUACGCUUAUAUUGAGGGCGUGAGUGACUUCAGCCUGCGGGUGGCGCUGCAGACCCUGCUGAGAGAAUACACAGAGACAAACAAAACCCCCAAAGACCCCAAAACACUUGUACAACCGUCAAAGACCCGCCCCCGGAGGAAAGCGCGCAAAUACCUCUACGCCAUCGGAGGUUACACUCGCCUGCAGGGAGGGAGAUGGAGUGACAGUCGGGCGUUGAGCUGUGUGGAGCGAUUUGAUUCGUUCAGUCAGUUCUGGACGACAGUCUCCUCCCUCCAUCAGGCCCGCAGCGGGCUGGGCGUCGCUGUCCUCGACGGCAUGAUCUACGUCGUCGGAGGUGAGAAGGACUCGAUGAUCUUCGACUGUACGGAGCGCUACGACCCCGUCACCAAACAGUGGGCUGCUGUCGCUUCCCUCAACUUCCCACGCUGUGGAGUCGGGGUGUGUCCGUGCCACGGAGCUCUCUAUGCACUCGGCGGCUGGAUCGGUUCUGAAAUCGGGAAGACGAUGGAGCGUUAUGAUCCGGAGGAGAAUAAGUGGGAGGUGAUCGAGAGCAUGCCCGUACCACGCUACUACUUCGGCUGCUGUGAGCUACAAGGUUUCAUCUAUGUGAUUGGUGGGAUCAGCGAUGAGGGGGUGGAGCUUCGUUCAGCCGAGGUCUACGACCCCAUUUCCCGCCGCUGGCGAGCGCUGCCCGUCAUGAUGACGCGGAGGGCGUAUGUGGGCGUGGCUUCGCUCAACAACGCCAUCUACGCGGUGGGGGGGUGGAACGAGGCUCUCGGCUCGCUGGACACCGUGGAGAAAUACUGUCCUGAGGAGGAGCGGUGGGUGGAGGUGGCGUCCAUGUCGAUGGCACGCGCCGGUGUUAGCGUUGCCGCCGUUAACGGGCUGCUGUACGCCAUCGGAGGCCGGAACUCGGGGCGGGAUUUCUCCGCUCCAGUCACUGUGGACUCGGUGGAGAUUUACGACCCGCACCUGGACACGUGGACUGAGAUAGGAAACAUGAUCACCAGCCGCUGCGAUGGGGGCGUGGCUGUGCUCUGAUAUGCUCCUCCCCUUUACAUGGUUACGAGUUGAAUGCUUCAGGAGCGUCACCGUUACGAAGGUGCUAUGAGCCGGUGAAUUUAGUUACAACCUUUGCUAAUGUUACAGACAAAACCCUAAGCAUUGUCGCGUGACAGGGGUGUGGCCAUGCUCUCACUGACUCCACCCCUUUGCCCUUUGUCACGCUCACAUCAUCCGUUAUAAUAUUUUGACUGAAAUUUGAUGAGUUAUAGAUAUUAAACUAGGAAAAAGAGAUUUCUAAAUAUUUGAAACACAAAGAUAUUUCGAGUAUUUUGUAAUGAAAGACGUUACCGUGGUGAUGUGUAUUAUUGAAUGUAAAUGAAAUUUGUUACUUUACCUGUCGCACAUUUCUUACACGUGAUUAAACUAGCAUUUUAAAACCA